CUUAUUACCUGAGCACCCAGCGUCUCAUUCCUCCACGGUCAACCCUGCCGGCAACAUCAGAUACUUCUUUCGGGGAAGCCCAAGUUUAUAUUUAACAAAAAAGUGUCGCAGUUUUUAAAAUAUAUAUAUAUUUUUAAGUGAACAUUUUUGUCUCAAUAGCUCGACUCUUGUUCAGGCAACGAGGAAGCAAAGUUACAACAACGUAGCCCGGUCUCGCUAUAACAAAGAAAAAAAAUAUCCUUUCUCCUCACAAAGUAAUCCCCCACUACGCUCUAGUUAUGAGUCAUGUGGUCGUCGAUAAUCCACACGGUCUAGAUCAGCAGCUUGCUGCCCUAGACUUGAACUCUGUUGAAGGACAAGGCGGAGGAACUGGCAGACGUUACAUUCCACCUCACUUAAGAAACAAAGACGCAUCCAAAAAUGCAGGAAAUGCUUAUUCCGCUGGUAGACAGUGCGGUUAUUCAGUGGCACCAGUAAAUCUCUUUCCACCAAAGCCCCCUCCACAGCCGUGGCAGGCAGAGAGCCAGGAAAGGCAAAGAAAUAACUCUGCUUCAGGAUGGGAAGACCCAGAUAUUGGUUACCCAAGACUGGCGUCUCAAGAGCUUGCCCUUUACCAUGCCUACAAUGGGGGCUGGCGAAACACAUGUGAUUCACCUGGAUGGGACGGUGGCCGCAGCAAUGGAUUUGUGAACGGUUAUCAUGACAACCGCACAAACGGGGGCUUUGGAGGGCGUGGACCUCCACGCCAUGAUAGAGGUGGGCGUGGCGGCUUCCGUGGUAACGGGGGCGGAGGCUCCUUUAAUCAGCCAUUUCAUAAUGCAGGAUUUGGUGGUUACGACAACAAAGACGGCAACUGGGGUGGACCACCAAGGGAUGCUGCCUACAACAGCUUUGGAGGACGCUCUGACCGAUCAAAGACUGCCUACUUUAAUGAUCGCGGGGCAGGCUCAAGAGGAAGGUAUGAGCGUAGCGGCUAUGCUAGUGGAGGAAACAGCCGCUGGGUGGAGGAAUCCAGAGAUGAGGAUUGGUCCAAGCCAACUGCUCCCAAUGAGCGUCUAGAACAUGAGCUUUUCUCUGGAAGCAACACUGGGAUUAAUUUUGAGAAGUAUGAUGAUAUUCCCGUGGAGGCCACUGGAAGCAACUGCCCACCCCACAUUGAAAGCUUCCAUGAUGUGGACAUGGGGGAGAUCAUCAUGGGCAAUAUCACCCUGAGUCGCUACACGCGUCCCACUCCGGUCCAAAAACACGCCAUUCCCAUUAUCAAGUCUAAGAGAGACCUCAUGGCCUGUGCCCAGACGGGAUCUGGAAAGACUGCUGCCUUCUUGCUGCCUGUGCUAAGUCAGAUCUACACUGAUGGGCCAGGAGAGGCUCUGCAGGCUGCCAAGAACACUGGACAGGAGAAUGGAAGAUAUGGCCGCCGUAAGCAGUACCCGAUUUCCCUCGUCCUGGCUCCAACCAGAGAGCUGGCUCUGCAGAUCUAUGAUGAGGCCAGAAAGUUUGCCUACCGCUCACGCGUGCGCCCUUGUGUGGUGUACGGUGGCGCUGACAUCGGCCAGCAAAUUCGGGAAUUGGAGAGAGGCUGCCACCUACUGGUAGCUACUCCUGGUCGCCUGGUAGACAUGAUGGAGAGGGGCAAGAUCGGUCUGGACUACUGCAACUACUUAGUACUGGAUGAGGCUGACCGCAUGUUGGACAUGGGUUUCGAGCCACAGAUCAGACGCAUCGUGGAGCAAGACACAAUGCCACCUAAAGGGAUCCGUCAGACCAUGAUGUUUAGUGCCACCUUCCCCAAGGAGAUCCAGAUCUUGGCUCGUGAUUUCCUGGAGGACUACAUUUUUUUGGCUGUCGGUCGUGUUGGUUCCACCUCAGAGAACAUCACCCAAAAGGUGGUCUGGGUUGAGGAGACUGACAAGAGGUCCUUCCUCCUGGACCUGCUCAAUGCCACAGGCAAAGACUCGUUGACUCUUGUCUUUGUGGAAACCAAGAAAGGUGCCGACGCUUUGGAGGACUUCCUCUAUCACGAGGGCUACGACUGCACCAGCAUCCACGGCGACAGAUCCCAGAGAGAUCGAGAGGAGGCGCUGCAUCAGUUCCGCUCUGGACGCCGCCCCAUCCUGGUGGCUACUGCUGUGGCUGCUAGAGGUUUGGACAUCUCCAAUGUGAAGCAUGUCAUCAACUUUGAUCUGCCCAGCGACAUUGAAGAAUACGUUCACCGUAUUGGCCGUACGGGACGUGUGGGCAACCUUGGUCUGGCCACGUCGUUCUUUAACGACAAAAACAGCAACAUAACCAAAGACUUGCUGGACAUCUUGGUAGAGGCAAAGCAGGAGGUUCCCUCCUGGCUUGAGAGCCUCGCCUAUGAGCACCAGCACAAGAGCAGCAACCGCGGCCGCUCCAAGAGGUUCUCUGGUGGUUUCGGUGCUCGGGACUACCGACAGACACCAGGAGGGUCUGGAAGCUUUGGCAGCAAUCGCACAGGCCGAAACACAGGCAGCCAUGGAGGGAGCCGGGGCUUUGGUGGAGGUGGCUUUGGAGGCAACUUCUACGGCAAUGAUGGCUAUGGAGGAAACUACAGCCACUCAGGAAGUGUGGACUGGUGGGGAAACUAGUCGCCAAAAGGAGUUGGUUGCCAUGCCAACCUGAUGGAAAACCACAUGUUAACUUAAAAGCCAGACCAUAACAACCCUCUGUGUAGCUUCACUGACACACAGUACAUUAGCAGCCCUGGUUCUGUGCCAGGUGCUUCUCUCAAAGAAAAAAAAAAAACACGAGUGCAGCGUGACGCUAAGGGAAAGUCACCAGCUUGCGCAUGUGUGCACGGCACCGGAGAGAGCGGACACCUCCCCCCCCACUGCGCCUCAGCGCAAGCAUGGAUGCUGCCAUGCACUGUCCGAAAGCAACCUCGGGACCGGUAUUGUUAGUCUUUUUGUGGGUAUAAAAAGCAACCCUAAAAUGCAAAAAACCUAACUCCUGAAGAUCACUUGUUUGUUAAUGUACUCUCCUUUUUUGAAUUUAAAAAGGAAAUCUGUAUUUUCAUUUCACCAGAUGAGGAAAAAAUACCCAAGAGCUAUAAUUUAGUUUUUACUGUUUGGUUUGGUGGCAAAUAUUAAAGGUUUAACAGAAGAGGGGAAAAAAAAUCUAUGUAAUCAGUCAAACCUUGGCAAACACUAGGGUGUUGUGGCUCUUUGAGUCAUGAUUCCAUUUGAACCUUAAAUUUUCUACCAAAAAGCUGACGGGCUCACUGUGCCGCUCUGAAUUUUCUGUAUUUUAAUCAAAGUUAAAUUUUGUUUUUGUGCUCACUCUAUCCUGGACUGGCUCAAUCUUUUUUUCUUUUUUUUUUUCUAAAUGAAGGCAGUGGUUGAUUUUGUAAUAACCAUUCCUCUUAAAGACUGCUCAGUGUCAACAGUCACUGAGGUAUAAACAAGAAACAAUGCUGGGACUUGUUACCCCACCAGUUUUUUUUCCCUUUCAAUUGACUUGACAGUGUUACGGCAGCUAGCAUGAGACCUAGCUACAGAAAAGUAGGUGUUUGGGUUUUUCCUCUCCGUUUUACUUGACAUUUUUGGUACAGGUUUGUGCAACAAUUGGAAAAAACUGAGUCAGUUUUAUGUUUGUUUUUCCAAAGUGGGCUGCAUAAAGGACCACAGCAUCGGGAGGGCAUAGCGUGGCACCGACCUGAACCCACCACGGCGGUCCGCAAAUGGUAUUCCACGCGUGCAAGUGUUAUGUUUUUUGGUCAAGGUGAAAGGAUAUGUUAACUUGAGUCGCAGGCUUAACUUAAUCAACAGUUUUUCUUUUUUUUCCUUUUUUUUCAAGCUGCGUUUAGGCGGUGAGGGACGGAGUAGGAUCUCUUGAGGUUUAUCACUCUAUGAUAGGAGGGAGGGGGCGGGACUAUGUGGAACAUGGGUAGUAAACGUCUGGGUGUAGUUGGCACUGGCGUUAACUACUGGAUAGGGGUGGGGUCAUUUCAAGUGCUGUCAGGUGUCAAGGCAUGGCCUGGUCAAGCCAGACUAUUGCUUGGAUUUUGUCAUCAGGUGUGUUGUGCCUUGAAACCUUUUUUUAAAAAAAAAAAAAAGCAUUUGCACUGAUCAUGUUGAAAACCUACGGUGGAAUGGUGCUACUUGAUUUCGAUGCGUUCAGACCCUCGUGUGUUGUACCCAUCGAGUUUUACUAAAGUUGUUUUAUUGCACAUCCAGAGUUUUAUAUGGCGUGUCUGGCAUGUGUGUCCUUAAGCUUCCAAAUACCGUGUGUGUGGGAGGAGAUUGAUUGGGGUUGGGAGAGUUUAAAAAAAGAAAUACAAUAAAACGCAGCUUGUUUACAAAAGGGGAAGGUUUCUUAACAUAAAAACCAGGAUUUAUUUGGGACCAGAGGGAUUUAGCAGUCGGGAGGGGGGAAUUUAGCCAUUUGCACAGAUUUCUAGAUUCUACUUUUUGCUGCUAGUUUUUGUGUAAUUUAUUAAGCAUUUUUGACAAAUAUUUAUUUUUGUAAGCCUCAAAGUGAUUCUUUGAAAGUUUCAGAAAACUUGACCAAAAGACAGUACAAAAAAAGAAAAAACGCAAAAAAAACACUGGCACUUGAAUGUUGAAUGUCACCCUGUAUGCGUGAAAUUUAUAUAUUUCGGGGUAGUGUGAGCUUUUUAAUGUUUAAGAUGCAUCGGACUCAGUACCUGGAUGAUGAUGAUGACGACGACGAUAAUAUCCACAGCUGUUUUCAAGGCCUCCGCGGGGCUGGUCAUCUGAUUUAAAAUCUAAUUGGUCUGUAGAAAUUUGCAAAUGGAAUUGAACCAAGAAAAAAACAUGCCAAGGUUUGGAAUCAAGCUGUCAAGAGCAAACUAAUUUCCUAAGCGUCGCGCAGAAGUGUUCCGAUUGUUCUCCUAUUGUGUGCAUAAUUGUUCUUACUCUGAUUUGGUCUGAUUCUUUUUUUUUUUCUCCAGUGAAUGUCUGGCACAUGGCAAUCCUAAAAGAAAUGAACAUGUGGUUUAUUGUCAUUGUUGUAUUUGCAUAUUACAGCUCUGGAGUUCUCAGUGGCUUAUAAGGCGAGGCACACAGAGCCACCGUAGAACUCCGGAGCUCUUUAGAUGUAGACUUUUUGGGGGGGGGCUUUUUUUGUAUUAGCUUCCAGGCUAAUGCGCAGCAUUGGGGGAAAUUAACUCUGCUGCAAUGUUGUGAUUUUAUCAGAAUAAAAAUGUUUGAAUGCAAAAUUUUUCUGGACAAAAAAAAGUCUGUUUACUGUAGUAGUGGGAGCGUGAGAGAUGCCUGUAGCAAAGCAGCCACACAAACAGGGUUGCUAACAUUGUAAUUGGCAUCGAUUGGACGGGCUUCGUUUCUUUUGAAGAACUUAUAUAAAGAUUUCAUUUGUAAUUGC